CCUCGGUCGGAGGGAGUGAUGAGGAAGCCGUGGCAUGAUCAACAGAGCAGCCACAGCGUUAAGCAGAGAACCUACAGUUCAAGUAGCCUGAGUGGAUGGAAGAAGAGCCACAGCUCGUCUGUCUCCUUCCAGGGCUAUGCACCCAGUAUGCAUGGUGGAGCUGGAGGUUAUGGGACGCGCAUCUCCCAGUCCACCUCCAUCUUCUCUUCUGGGUCCCUGCACUCAUACGGAGAGACCUCUGUGAUUGGUGAUGAGAAGGCAACUAUGCAGCACCUCAACGACCGCCUGGCCGAGUACCUGGCAAAAGUGCGUGCUCUGGAGGCCAAAAAUAAGGAUCUGCAACUGAAUAUCACCGAGUUCUCUAAAAAGAACAUUGUUGUUACCAGGGAGUACUCUGGCUAUAUGUCCACCAUCAGUGACCUGCAGGCUGAGAUUGCAAAAAGAUGUUUAGAGAACCAGGCCAUCAACCUGCAGAUUGACAAUGCUCUCCUGGCAGCAGAAGACUUUAAAAUGAAACAUGAGAUGGAGUUGAACUUGCACAUGAUGGCGGAGGCUGAUGUGUCUCGUCUCCGAGGGGUCCGGGACAGCCUGACUCUCAACAUUAGUGACCUGGAGAUGAACAUGGAGAGUCUGAAGGAGGAGUUGGGUUACAUAAAAAAGAACCACGAGGAGGAGAUGCGCCAAUUGAGGAUCCAAAGCACCGGCUCUGUGAAUGUCGAGGUGGACAGCCCAGAGUCUGUGGAUUUGACCAAGAUCCUAAAUGAAAUGAGGGAGCAGUAUGAAACUGUGGUGAACAAGAACAAACUGGAGCUUGAGAAAUGGUUCCAGUCAAAGAUGGAACUUCUCCAGAAGGAAAUCAUUGUUUGCCAAACAGAUGUGAAAACUUUUCACACUGAGCUGUCAGAGCUGAAGAGGACCUUCCAGAGUUUGGAGAUAAGUCAGCAAAGUGCACAUGCAGAGAUAAGUUGCCUACAGCAAAAUUUGGAGGAUGUGAAAGGCCGAUACAGUCUUCAGCUCCAGCAACUGCAGGUGACCAUCACUACCCUGGAGACAGAGCUGCAGCAGCUGAAGGACUCUAUUGUGCAGCUGCAAACAGAAUAUAACCAGCUGCUGGACAUCAAGAUGAGGCUGGAAAUGGAGAUCGCUGAAUAUAGGAGGCUGCUGGAAGGAGAGCAUUAUGAACAAACGCAGACGGUGGUCAUCAGCAAGGUGGUCGAAGUGGAAGAGCAUAAACCCCACGUUGAAAAACGAGUGAAGACCAUCAUCGAGGAAAUUGUUGAUGGAAAGGUGGUGUCCUCCUCUGUUGACACCCAAGUGGAAACUAUCCAGUAACCUUUGCUCACCUCACCUGUGCCACUAAACGUCUUACCUUAAUUUGUCCCAAACACUCUAGCAAAUUGCUUUAAUAUCAUCAUGCUACAAUGCUUUGGUUUAAAUGCUGUCCAUUUGUGAUUCUGAGUUGUUAAAGUGCACUUUGGCUUCUUAUGGGGAAUUGUUUUUGUUGUCAUCUAAUU